AUGUCGUCCCCGAUAACAUCCUUCUACCAAAAGCACCGGCUCAGCAUCCUAAGGUCCUCCUACAUCGUACUUCUUUUCACAACUGUCUACAAUGCCAAUAGUGGAGGCACUAGCAGCAACAGCAACGCCAAGAGACAAAGAGACAAGAAGAAACCAGAAAGGGCACAGGAUGAACAGGAUGAUGAUGCUACGUUGGAACCCAUGGAAGACUUGAAAAGCAUCACUACUACUUCAUCUACGCCGCCGCAGAAACAACAGCAGCAAAUGACAGUCGCGGACUCCCCCGCCCCCAAGGACAAUGACAAGUUACACCAAAAAACUGAUUUCUUAUGGAAACUCAUUGUUCGUGAUAAGAAAUGUGCCAUUCUUUUCCUCACACAGGCAACUUUACUUGUAAUAAGAACUUUCCUUUCAUUGCAUGUGGCUACAUUGGACGGGAAAUUGGUUUCAUCAUUGGUGAAGGCUCAAUACCCCAAAUUUUUAAGAAUUUUACUAGGUCAAUGGAUGGUCCUCGGUAUACCUGCAAGUAUUAUUAACUCGUUGAUAAAUUACAUGACCAAAUUAUGCUCAGUGACAAUCAAUAGAAGAAUUUCCACUUUCCUCUUGGAUAAAUAUUUGUCUAAUCAUCACACUUUCUACGCAGUCGCUGCAUCCACAGGUUCAACAUCUGAAAUUCAAGAUAAUUUAACAAAGGAUAUCUAUACUUUCUCUACAAACACUUCUGUCCUUUUGAACCAAUUAUUGAAGCCAAUGUUGGAUCUUUUACUUUGUUCCUUUAAAUUAUUAACUUCAAGCACAAAUAUGAUGGGAGAGGGGACAUUGGCUCUGGGAUUGAUAGUUUACAUUUCCAAUUCAAUCUUGAAAUUGUUCCAACCAAAUUUUACUAAAUUGACAAUGAAGAGAGCAUCAUUGGAAAGUUGGUUCAGAUCAUUACAUUCCAACGUCCAUUCCAAUAAUGAAGAAAUUGCACUGUUAAGAGGACAAAAUAGAGAAUUGACUAAUUUGGAUUACUCAUUCUAUCAAUUGGUAUUAUUCUUAAAUAGAGAAAUUAAAGCAAGAGCAUUGUAUGAUUUGGCAACCACUUUCAUUAUAAAAUACACUUGGGGUGCGGCUGGACUAGUUCUUUGUUCCAUACCAAUUUUCUUUAAGGAUACUACAAAGGCAUUGACUACUAAGGGAGUGGAUGAAUCAGAUACUACUGCAGAUUUUAUCACCAAUAGAAGACUUUUAUUAAUUGCUUCCAGUUCCAUUGGUAGAUUCGUGGAAUUAAAGAAAAACAUUCAACAACUUCGUGGUGUUGGCUUAAGAUUGAAUAGGUUCAACGAUUUAUUAGAUGCAAAUUUGGCACCAAAGCAACAGCAAAUGCAUGAAGAAAAUAAUGUCAUCGAAUACAAUGACUCUUUAAUCAAAUUUGAAAACGUGCCGCUCAUUACCCCUGCAAACCAAGUAUUGGUUGAGGAACUAAAUUUUGAAUUGAAACAUGGUGAUCACUUGUUAAUCAUUGGACCCAAUGGAUGUGGGAAAUCAUCACUGUUCCGUUUAUUGGGAGGUUUAUGGCCCAUAAGGAAAAGUGAGAAAUCUGGAGUACAAACAAAAUUGAUAAUGCCCAAUAGAACUACAGCUGAAAAUGAAUGUGCUAUAUUUUAUCUCCCACAGAAACCUUACAUGGGAAAUAGAUCCACAUUUAGAGAACAGGUCAUUUAUCCAGAUACCAUUGAGCAAUUUGAAGAGAAGUUCCAAGGUGAUUAUGAAAAAGGUGAUCAAGAAUUGACAAAAAUCUUGGAAUUCUUAGAGCUAGAAGAUUUAGUGACGGAAAAUAUGUCAUUAUUGUUAGCACAAAGGUCAAUCACAAAAAAAACAUCCCAACUCUCUAAGAAAGGAGCAUUUUCUGGACUAUUAAAGAGUUAUAAAAAGGAAGACUUUGAAGAUGAUGAUGUAGACAAUGAUACCGGUUCUAAUUCUUUGUCCAUUGAACCAUUAAUGAUCGAUAUUAGAGACGCUUUUAAUAUUAGAAGAAAUUGGUCCGAAGAACUAUCUAUUGGUGUCCAACAAAGAUUAGCCAUGGCAAGAAUGUAUUAUCAUAAACCAAGAUUCGCCGUAUUAGAUGAAUGCACAUCGGCAGUAUCACCUGAAAUGGAACAAAAAAUGUACCAAAUUGCUCAAGAUUUGGGAAUAUCUUUGAUUUCAGUGUGUCACAGAACCAGUUUAUGGCAUUUCCAUAAUUAUUUAUUGAAAUUUGAUGGUAAAGGUGGUUAUCAGUUUGGUCAUUUCGAUCCUUCAAAAAGAUUGCAAGCUGAAGAAAAAUUAAGAGAGUUGAAUUCAUUAUUAGAUCAGAAUGUUCCCAUUUGGAGAAAGAAAUUGAAUGACCUUCAGUUGGCAAGAACGUCAAACAUUAUCCGUAAAUCACAAAGUGAAUUGAAUAUGUUAGAAGGAAAAGCACGUUCAAGAAGUGGUACACCACAUCCAAAAACAAAGGUGAAGGGUUUAGUAUCAACUAGUUUGGAUAAUUCAAAUAGACCACUAUCGAAAAAACUUAUUACUGUUUCCAAGAACAAUGGAGAAGAUACCAUCUCCCCCAUGACAAAAAAUUCAAGAAAGCAAAAGGAGAGAGAACCUAGUAAAUUUGAUAGAAAUUUGCCUAAUAAGAAUAAAAAGUAG